GGUCGAGGAAUAUUAUGCGAACGAUGGUCAUGUACUCGGUGCUCCACACAUCUAUGAGUUUUUAAGUAGGGUUCUAUACAACAGACGGUCCAAGUUUGAUCCCCUGUGGAAUUAUUAUGUUGUUGGAGGAUAUCACAACGGAGAAGGUUUUCUCGGAUACGCUGAUCUCCUUGGAACAACAUAUAAAUCGUCGACUAUUGCCACCGGGUUUGGUGCCUAUAUGGCUCAACCAAUCCUACGUAAGGCUGUCGAAGGUCGCGAAAGCACUCUCGGAGAAGAGGAGGCCAUUGAAAUUAUAGAGAGUUGUAUGAGGGUCCUAUUUUACAGGGAUGCAAGGAGUCUAAAUAAGUUUCAAAGAGCCAAAGUUACCGCUCAAGGAAUUGAAAUCACACAACCUUACUCUGUGGAUACGGAGUGGUCGUUCGCCGAGGGAAUCAGAGGAUACGGACCUCAAACACAAUAA